GUGUUUUUUUUUUGUUUGUUUUUUCCACUUGGUAAGUUUGGGGAGGUGUUUGUGACUUCAGUGAAGCCACAGAGCAGCGGCAGCAGCAGACGGAGGUGACACAUGGAACUGAGCAUAUAGGACCAGAGAGACGCACGGUUUUUCUGUUUCCGUUUGUGUGGCUGUUCAACAAUAAGAAAAGAAAUGGGGAAACUUCUUCUGUUAUUCUUCGUUAUUCUACUUUGUGUUAGUGGAACUCUCCAAAAGAAAGGAAAAAGAAGGAACAAAGUGAAGAGAAACAACUCUGAGCCUGCGGUUGCUGUGCCCAGAACUUUUUUAGGAGACCCAGUCAUUCAGACCAACUUGUUUUUUGUCCUAAAUGGGACACAAGCUCCCCUUUCAUCUCACUCCUCUCCAGCACUGCAGUCUCUAAGCAACAACACAGCCAGCUAUCUCCGCGGCCCUCUGAGCACACGGGUCAUCCCAAUUAUUUAUAUGUUGGCGGUCGCUGUCGGGAUCCCAGCCAACAUCGCCAUCUUGUACACUCUGGCCACUAAAAUUAGAAAGGUGUCCUCUGCCAUUCUGUACUGCAGCCUGACCGUCUCCGACCUCUUCCUCCUCUUCUCCCUCUUCUUCAAGGCUCACUACCAUUUCCAUGGAAACCACUGGGUGCUCGGGGAGGCUGCGUGUCGAGUGGUCACGGCCUGUUUCUAUGGCAACCUCUACUGCUCAGCCCAGACGCUGGCCUGCAUCAGCAUCAAGCGCUACCUGGCUGUCGUGCACCCGUUCAUGUACAAAAGUCUCCCCAAGAGGAUGUUCACUGGCUGGGUCAGUGUGGCCGUUUGGGGGGUAUUUGGUGCCGCUGUGGUACCCGAGCUCGUCGUCCAGCAGAGCUAUUGGAUCCCUGAGGUGGGCCGCAUCACCUGCCAUGACGUUUUGCCUUUGUACUAUGACUCCCAUGUCUUCCUGCUCUACUACAACCUGUUUCUAACCAUAUUUGGCCUCCUGUUGCCGCUUGUGGUCACGAUGGUGUGCUAUGCCCGCAUCGUGUCCGAGCUCAACAGAUCGCACUAUGACUGGGCGAUGUACAUCAAGGCCAGCUCCCUGGUGUUAAUCAUCUUCGUGGUGUGUUUCACUCCCGCUGGAGUCCUGCAUUUUGUCCAUUAUGUGCAACUGUUUGCAGAUGGAACUGAGAGUUUGUAUGUGCACUUUAAAAUGGCGGUGUGUUUGUGUUGCCUCCAUGCCUGUCUGGACCCCUUCCUCUUUGUCAUCAUGUCCAAGUCUGCAGGCUCCAGGCUUUACUCUAGGGCCGUUAAAGGCAAGACUCUGAGCCUAUCCAUCUAACAGAGACUUACAUGUUACCAAAAACUGUCUUUGAUUGAGAUUUAGCAACAUAUGAAGAGGAAGAUUUUCUCUAUGGCUGGAAUCCAAAGAGAAAGCAAACUCGACUGUAUUUAUGAUAAACAAGCAAUGGACAGACUUCCUGUUGCAUUAAAUGUGUUCUCUGCAAGUAGAUUAAAUAUUUUUGUAUAGCAA